CAUUCAGGUAACCAGUCGAAAACCAACCAGUGUAUAUCCACCCAGCAGUGCUUUAUUUCAAAGGCAACCAGACUCCCCAAGUGGCAGGAGCUCCCAAGUGGUCGGUGGAAUUAGCUCCAAGAUUUUACAAGGCUUUAGAUCCAAGAUGAGUAAACGCAAGCUCCUGCCGCCUGUGUUUGCUCCUCUCUGUUUAGCUCGGCGAUGGAAACUGGGUUGGAAUACUUCUCUUGGCUCUCCAACGUAUGUCAGGAACUGGAAUCCCACGUCGGUUCCGGUGACAAGGUUCUUGCAGAGUUCAUCACCGAUCUCUGCCGCGACUCUGAGGCCGUCGAUGAGUUUGAAUCCAAGCUAAAGGAGUUUGGGGCAAACGCAAAGCUCGGAUCUAAAGUCUGUAAAAUCUUGGAGCUAGACCCUAAAGUCUUGUGGGUCUUGGAAUUAGCUCCAAGAGUUUACAAGACUUUAGAUCCAACAAAGAUGAGUAAACGCAAGUGGCAGGAGCGUAAGGAGCUGCUCUACGUCUGAUAGCACGAGCCUAACUCAUGGGGUGGAUGUACACAGGUUGGUUUCGACUAGUGCCCUGUAGCUUUCUUGGACGUCCUUCCUUGCUGCGUGAAAGAAGAAACAUGCCCUUCCUUAUCUUUGUGAAUUUUCUUUUUUAAGAACUAACAACAUCAAUCAAACGUGAGGAUGUCAUCAAUCAAACGUGAGGAUGUCUCUGGCUAUUUCUAUCAUCUUGUUUUUAAUGUGAUCUAUGG